GCAAAGUACCUAAUAGGCGUAAAAUUAAAAAAUUGCUGGCGGCAACAGGUGGUUUCGGUCCCCAGAGGAUAACACGUGCUCGUAAACGUGUGGGUUUUGUUUACUUUGAUUGACUUAAAUUAGCUCCAAUUAAGCGAAAAUGAUUCGCAAAGUGCCGCUGAUUGUGAUCCUGGGCUCUACGGGCACGGGCAAGACAAAGCUCUCCUUGGAACUGGCGGAACGUUUUGGUGGCGAGAUAAUCAGCGCGGAUUCCAUGCAAGUUUAUACAGAUUUGGAUAUUGCCACCGCCAAGGCGACAAAGGAGGAGCAGUCCCGUGCACGACAUCAUCUGCUGGAUGUGGCUACUCCGGCGGAACCCUUUACCGUAACCCACUUUCGCAAUGCGGCUCUGCCCAUUGUGGAGCGUCUUCUCGCCAAGGACAAGCUUCCAAUUGUGGUGGGAGGAACCAAUUACUACAUAGAAUCCCUGCUUUGGAACAUCCUGGUCGACUCGGAGGACAAACAGGCUGAAGGCAAUACCUCUGGAGAACAUUUUAAAGAGGAGGACCUAAAUGCCAUGUCAACUGCGGAUUUACAUCAUCACCUGGCCAAAAUCGAUGCGGGAAGUGCCAAUCGUAUUCAUCCCAACAAUCGGCGCAAGAUUAUUCGGGCCAUUGAAGUCUAUCAAGAAACAGGGCAGACUUUGACCGAAAAAUUGGCGGAGCAGCGAGCACUGCCAGGAGGUAACCGUUUAGGAGGACCACUCCGAUAUCCACACAUCAUCCUUUUGUGGCUCCGUUGCCAGCAGGAGGUGCUUAAUGCCCGCUUGGACUCCCGGGUUGAUGGAAUGCUGGCUCAAGGACUCCUUCGUGAGCUGCGGAAGUUUCACAAUACCCACCAGGCUACUACUGUUAAAGCUUACACCUCGGGUGUCCUGCAGACAAUCGGUUACAAGGAGUUUGUGCCCUACCUAAUGAAAUUUGAUGAGCAGCAGGAUGAUCAGAUAGAAGAGUACCUCCGAAAUCACAGCUACAAACUGCCUAACCAAGUCGAACUAAAAGAAAAGGGACUUCCGCCGGGCUUGGAUCUUCUGCGUAGCUGCUGUGAAGAACUGAAGCUUGUUACGCGUCGCUACUCUAAGAAGCAGCUAAAGUGGAUCAACAAUCGGUUUCUGGCCAGCAAAGAUCGGCAGGUGCCUGAUCUCUACGAGUUGGACACCAGUGAUGUGUCAGUUUGGCCAGAGGCAGUGUAUCAGCGCGCAGAGAACAUCAUUGAAAGUUAUCGUAAUGAGGAAAAAUGCAAGUUUGAGCCAAUGGCCAAGCGAGAUCAUCCUGGAGCAGAUUUAAAUGAGGAGACGAGCCACUUUUGCUCCACUUGCGAACGCCACUUCAUAGGAGAGUACCAAUGGGGACUGCAUCUGAAGUCCAACAAGCACAAGCGAAGAAAGGAGGGGCUGCGCAAGAGGGAAAGGGAGCAGGAGAUGAAUCUAGCCACAGAGAAACUCCUAGCCAAAAAGCAGAAGGCAAAUAAGGCGGAGGAGAAGGAAGAGGAGGCGGCUCAGCUGUCAACCAGCCGAGUCAAUGAUACUGAUAAGCCAUUGUAAACCAGACACGGCUUGGCAAUAAAUUAACCUACGUAAAUUUGA